AAAUUUCCGACCGUUGGGGCCCGUUUGGUCAUUUUAGUAACGGUUACCAUUAAAAUUUUUAAAAGAAAUAAAAAAUAAAUAACUGAAAAACUCCCACGCGAACACGAACUCUUCUCCUCUGCAACUUAAAAAGCUCCGGAAAAUCGAAGAAGAAGAAGAAGAAGAAGAAGAAGAUCUAAUGGGCUGUGUAUCUUCAAAACUCUACAGGAAGGACCUCCAGAGGGACAUUAUCGUCAACAAUGGCGGCGAGUAUCUCAACCAUGUCGUUUCUCUCACAUCCAGCACUUACGGCGUUCUCAAUCUCAACGCCGAUCUGGAUACGAAGGAGUUAGUUUCAGAGCCGACGAAGAAGAAGUCGCCCUCUCGCGAAAAACCAGAAGUGAUUAACGCUUGGGAGCUAAUGGACGGCUUGGAAGAAGGAAUUCCGAUUGCAAAUCGGGGCAAAAACAGCCCUAAGCCAGGAGUUUUUCUUCGCAGAUUGACCGAUUUGGAUCGAAGAAGUCCGUUGAAGUUCUUUAAUCAAAUCGGCACUCCAAAGAAGGUGAUGAGAUUCGGUGGGAAGGAGAAUCGCGACCGAGUAAAUGGCGUCGGGCGAUUGGAUUACAGUCCGAAAGAGAUUCUAAAAGUGAACAAUUCGUCAAGAAUAUCCCCCAAAUCGGUCCUGAAAUUGAGUGUUCCUGUGAAGAAUACGCCGAUUUCGGUGAGAAGGCAGAGUUUCGGAAGCGAUUCCGGACUUUUAUCCGCUCGAAGAAGGAGUUUGAGUCCAAUGUUCGAUCCAGAGCUCGUAGCGUCAUACGAGAAACAAUUAACCGAAGAAGGAGAACAGAUCAAGAGAAUAGUUUCAGAGACGCCGAAAUCUAGGGCGGCGAGACAUUUUCAAGAAUCGGAAACCGCCUUAAAACAGUUCGAGGAACGGUGCCCGCCCGGCGGCGAAACCGCCGUUGUGAUCUACACAACAACGCUUCGAGGAAUCAGAAAAACAUUCGAAGACUGUAACAAGGUUCGGUCGGUGGUUGAAUCGUACGGCAUUCAGUUGCUGGAGCGAGACGUAUCGAUGGAUUCUGGUUUCAAAGAGGAGUUGAGGGCGUUAAUGGGGAGCAAGGAUGUGAAAGUUCCAGCGGUUUUUGUGAAGGGUAGACUAAUCGGAGGGGUGGAGGAGGUUGUGAAAUUGGAGGAGGAAGGCAAAUUGGGGCUUCUGUUUGAGGGGAUUCCGACGGCGACCGGCGGCAGUUGUGAAGGAUGCGGCGGCGUGAGAUUUGUAAUGUGUGUGGACUGCAAUGGAAGCUGUAAGGUUUUGGAUCAGAUGAAGAAGAAGAAGACCAAAUGUGGUGAGUGUAAUGAGAAUGGGUUGAUUCAGUGUCCCAUUUGUUCUUGAAAUUUCAAUUUGGGGCCUUUUUUUUUUCGGGGUUUCCCUUUCUAUUUUAUAUUUAAUUUAAUAUUAGUUUUGGAAAUGGGUUUUGAAGUUAAUUUUAGGACCCUUGUUGUGUUACGUUUGUGGGAUUGAUUGUUUGUAUUAAUUGUUGAUGUGUAUUAUUAGUUAAACCAAUUCAUCCUAACACGAUGAUGAUUUAUUAAGAUCAAAUUAAUUUUUUUUUUAAGA